AUGGGACUAUUCGCUAAAAUCGCCGCCUUUGCUGCUGCUUCGGCUACUCUGGUUAGUGCCAACUCGUUCACAUUCAUCAACCAGGACGGCACCACUCGCCACAUCACCUUUACCCCGGCUGCUGGGCAAGCAACUAUCGAUCCCAUCACGAUUGGAGGAAACGACCAGGCUAGAGUGGACUUCCCUCAGGGAUGGAUCGGCAAUGCUUACGCUUUCAACGAUGGUGCCCCUGACGUCCCGGGCAUGCUCGCCGAGGUUGCUUUCAACGGCUGGAACGGCUUGACGUACUUUGACGUCUCGGCCAUCGUGAACCCUAACGACGUUAACGGUGUCAAGGAAAUGUACCCCGCCAGCCAAUUGCAAGCCGAGUCUAAGGUUUCCAUAUCCGGAUGCCAAGUGUUCCCUUGCGGUACCGCUUACUACCACCCUGACGACAUCCAGACCGUCACAACCACAGAAGCGGACCUUAUCGUCACCCUCGGCGGUGGUGCCCCUGCCCGCCGUGACGUUGAAGCCAUGGUGGUUCCGCGUAACUACGUUCUCGGCAAGCUCUCUGCGUAA